UAACGUGUUUCACCACCGAGCGGUCACCCCCACCAAGCGGUCACCCCUCAUCAAAAUCGCGACUAUUGCAGACUAUCACAACAAUGCUACCACAACGCAACGCGCAAUCAACCUACAACAAAGUACAACGACGCGCUGGAAGGCUCGCCCAACGCGACUGUCAGCCCAACUCAAGCAAGCUAAAUAAGAUAGAGGAGGAGGCAAUAGUUGCAUGUAUACUUGAGUUAGACGCAGCCCUAAAUAAAGAUCUACGCGUUAUAGAGCUGUGGUUUAAGCUAGUUGCUAAUACAAAGGAGAAGUAUAGGAUUCUAGAUAAAGACACACACAAGUUUAAUAAGUCUAGCUUUAUAAUAGGUAUAAUUACUGCUUAAAUAGUCUUUAAAGGCUCUAAGAAGC